ACAGCGAGGAGAAGACAGGUAGAGAAUUGGCAGAGGUGGGGUGGGACGCUCGUCGGGAAGCAACAAAAAGAAAAACUAAUAGAAGAUGUGAUGGAUUGCUGAUGGCUGCCUCUCACUUCCAUCAUCAUAUUCCACACGGUGAAGCAAGUGCAGCUUUGUCUGUCGUCCAGCCUUCUACAACCUUUUCUUUCCACGUCUCCACGCGCCGCGCCGUUCUAUCCGACAGGGGAUUGUACGCGCCUUUGUAGGAAGAAAGACCCAUCAUGAUAAAUGCAAGGUGGAGCAUAUUUUUAUUGCACCGCGUGCUGCGAUACCAGGAUUGCAAUUAGGCACAGAUGACUUGAUCAGGUUACUACUACACGCGAGGUUACAACUACAGCACUGUUCCCUCUGAAGAUCAUUCUUGCAAACCAUGGCUGACCAGUACAGUAUGUUUCUCACCACGGCACCCCCCCUCCGACGAGGAAGCACACCCCUUCCUGUCAAGCACCAGCUGCGGAGAGAAGAAGCCGUAUCAGACGACUGUGAUUGGAUCCCAGGAUUGGAUGAACCUGCCACAUUGCCUAUCAGCGACACAACAUUGCCUCGUGAUGAAUCGUUCAAUCAAACGUCAGCAGCACAGUCAACCUACCACAGUCAUGGGGGGGCACUGAAGAUUGUGCUACUAGGACAGAAUGGCGUGGGCAAGUCGUCAUUGGCCUUAUCACUGGCUGGCCAGUCGGACAGAUCCCUUUCUGUGGACUCUGAGACCCAAGCUUGUGGUGAGGGCUACGAGUGCACAGUCACAGUUGACGACGAGGACAGCAAAGUCAUCAUUUUUGACAAUUGGAAACAGGACCUGUCCACUCUACAGUGUGAUGUGUGUAUCCUGGUCUUCUCCGUGACUGAUAGGCGAAGUUUCCAUCGCACUGCACAGCUCCGCCUUCUCCUCAGGGAGUCACAACCUCACACGCCAAUCAUCCUGGUGGGCAACAAGAGUGACCUUGUCCGCUCCCGUGAAAUCAGUGCUGAGGAGGCCCAAUCCAGCGCCAUGAUGUUCGACUGCCAUUACCUUGAGCUCUCAGCGUCCCUGGAGCACGGCACUAAUGAGCUGCUCGAGGCGGCUGUUCGGGCGGCAAGAGGCGACAGUUUAGGGCCCAACUGGACUGACGGUGACCCUGGUUCUGGUCGCAGAGAAAGCCUGACCAGCCGGGCCAAACGUUUUCUGGCAGGGCUAGUUCCACGCUCCUACGGACGAGAACGUGACAGGGGACGGUACCGAGAGAUGAGCCGCCAUCGGGGCAGCAAGAUCCUUCGCCAGAAGUCUCGAUCCUGCCACGACCUCAGCGCACUGUGACAUACAUAAAUACACACAGGCUCAAGACACACUUCCACACAUGUACACACACCAAACAUGCUGAAGGGGGAGGUGUGAAGUACUAAAUAGAGGAGGAUAAAUAGGAGCAGGAAUGGCAGGGAUUGGGAGGGCUGCAAUGGAAAUGCGGGGCUGACGAGAAGAACAUGCUUUCACAGGCAGGUCCUUAAAAUGCAGAGAUAAAGCAUUUGAUUUAAACGGCAGCUGGCUGGAUAGCCUUAAAUGGGAAAAUGUCACCUUGAACCCUCAUAAACAACAUCCAAAUCAAAAACCGUUGCAACGUCAUUACUUAAGAUCUGAACAACAAUUAAUAUUAAUUUGUACUUUUAUUACACAGGAAGCAUUAAAAUAUCACAUUUUGUGUUUCACCUCAGGACUUUUAGUUUUUAAUAUCUCUUUUUUUAAAUUAAGAUUAUUGCAGUAGCCUAAUUUUACAAAGCAUGAGCAUGUAUAAUCACUUCACAAAUGUUCAGGGAUUGAAGACAAAUUGUGAAGUAUUUCAGGUGUGAUUUCCUUUUGUUCUUUUCUUUAGGAAUUCAGCCAUAAAAGGUUUUUACAGUAUUUAAAAAACAUGAAGUAAUGUUGUCACAUGCAUUGCAAAAAAUGAAGAUCUAUCAAGGAUGGAAUUAAAUUACCAACUACUAAGGUGCUGGGGUCAGAACGGGAAAUGCUCUUUAACCUGAUGGGACAGGGGAACACAGAAAGAGGGGUUGAAUGUCAUAAACAUACACAAACUCAAGUAGUACGCACUGAUUACAUAGACUGAUAGCAACCUAAUAUAAUCAUUUUGUGGAUCCUGUUUUAUAGCAUGCUCAGUAGAUGGCAGGCCCUGUAGGUUUGUGAAUUUACUGUACCUCACUGACCGAUAGGUAACGCACAAUCAAGCUAGCAAAACCAUCGCAAAGGCAAGACCCUUUAUUUCACAUAAGUAAUUACUCGUUGAUGAGUUUGUCCUUUCUACAUCCUUCGUUUCUGUUUCUUACUGAGUUGAAAAAGUGUUUGACAUCAUUAUUGGUACACAGCAUUUGUCAUUGUUGACCAAGACAUACUGUAUGUUUGCUGAUUGCACUAUAAGCAAUCAACACAGAACUGCUGCUGGAAGUGGAUUCACGAGUCGAGUCAAAAAAAAUAAAAUAAAAAAAUAAA